ACCCCGCCGCGCUCCGUAGCUCCCCCGCCCCGGCCCCGCCCCAUUGGCCGCGGCGCUUCCGGCGGCGGUUGUGGCAGAAUGGGUCAAAGUCAGAGCGGCGGACAUGGCCCUGGGGGUGGCAAGAAGGACGAUAAGGAUAAGAAAAAGAAAUACGAACCCCCCGUUCCAACCAGAGUAGGGAAAAAGAAGAAGAAAACAAAGGGACCCGAUGCUGCCAGCAAACUCCCACUGGUGACACCUCAUACACAGUGUAGACUCAAAUUAUUGAAAUUGGAGCGCAUUAAAGAUUAUCUCCUGAUGGAGGAAGAAUUUAUCAGAAAUCAGGAACAAAUGAAGCCUUUGGAAGAAAAACAAGAAGAAGAAAGGUCAAAGGUGGAUGAUCUGCGAGGCACUCCGAUGUCUGUUGGCACCCUAGAAGAGAUCAUUGAUGAUAAUCAUGCUAUCGUAUCUACAUCAGUGGGUUCAGAGCAUUACGUUAGCAUUCUGUCUUUUGUGGACAAGGAUCUGCUAGAACCGGGCUGUUCUGUUUUGCUCAAUCAUAAGGUUCAUGCUGUGAUAGGAGUCCUGAUGGAUGAUACAGAUCCUCUAGUCACAGUGAUGAAAGUGGAGAAAGCCCCUCAGGAGACGUAUGCUGACAUUGGUGGUCUUGACAAUCAGAUUCAAGAAAUUAAGGAGUCUGUGGAGCUUCCUCUAACUCACCCUGAGUAUUAUGAAGAGAUGGGCAUAAAGCCACCCAAAGGAGUCAUUCUGUAUGGCCCACCUGGAACAGGAAAAACAUUAUUAGCCAAAGCAGUGGCAAAUCAAACCUCAGCAACCUUCCUGAGAGUCGUUGGCUCUGAGUUAAUACAGAAGUACCUAGGUGAUGGUCCAAAACUUGUACGUGAAUUGUUCCGUGUCGCUGAGGAGCAUGCGCCAUCAAUUGUCUUCAUUGAUGAAAUUGAUGCCAUCGGUACAAAGAGAUACGACUCAAAUUCAGGUGGUGAGAGAGAGAUCCAGCGUACAAUGCUGGAAUUACUGAACCAACUCGAUGGGUUUGAUUCUCGUGGGGAUGUAAAAGUUAUUAUGGCCACAAACAGAAUAGAAACCCUGGACCCAGCCUUAAUCAGGCCAGGACGUAUUGAUAGGAAGAUUGAGUUCCCCCUGCCAGAUGAAAAAACCAAGAAGCGCAUCUUCCAGAUUCACACCAGCAGAAUGACUUUGGCAGAUGAUGUGACUCUAGAUGAGCUGAUUAUGGCUAAAGAUGACCUCUCUGGUGCUGACAUUAAGGCAAUUUGUACAGAAGCAGGCUUGAUGGCUUUGAGAGAACGCCGCAUGAAAGUGACAAAUGAAGACUUUAAAAAAUCUAAAGAAAAUGUUCUGUAUAAGAAACAAGAAGGCACCCCAGAGGGGCUUUAUCUUUAGAUAUUCUUGGCAUACAUUGGGACUUCUCACAUUCUGAAUACAUAAAGGAGGUGACAAAUAUUCCACAUGCUUUUAGCAAAGCAAAAAGUUUGUGCCAUGGCCUCUUCAAGCAUGUAGGGUAAAGUUCUGUUGGACUGUAUUUAAUUUUAAGUCAGUGUGAAACAUCUUAUUUCCCAAUAAAAACAUUUUGUUUCAGAA